GUGUUUGGGGUUCCUUAUUUUUCUGACUUUUGACUUAUUGGUGGGUAAAAGGACUUAUUUUAGUGUUUGGAUUUUCUGUUGUUGUGAGACAAGAAGUCAAGAAGUAAGAAAUUCUUACUUAUUUUGAGGGAAAAGGACUUUUAAUAAGUCAGAAAUAAGUUAAGCCAAACAUGCCCAUACAUUCUAUUCUCUGGAAGAGACUGACUGACAUUCCCCCGUUGAGGCCGGCCAAAAGGAAAGGAAAAGAAAGGAAUCUCAAACACAAACGCACAGAGUUGGUGGAAGAGGAAUGGAUUCGUCAACCGCUUCUUAACCCUACUAUUCAUCUUCCUUCCUUCCUACACACACCACCGUCCUCCGCCGUACUACCACCACCGAUGGCCACCACCACAGUCCAACCCAAAUCCAAAGACAGAGUCCUCGCCACAGCUCACCAAAUCGUAAAAAGCCUAAACAUCAACACACAAGCAACCGAAGACAUGAUCAACAUCUUUUCACGCUUCGACAAUCGUCUCUCUAACAUCACCGAUUUGAUCCAAAACGAUGCCAAAUUCAACGAUCAGUUUCGAAAAGCCGAGAAGAUUAUUCUCCAUCACGAUUCAGACGCUUCACCGGAACAAGAACAAUCUUCCGAUUAUCUCGCCGCCGUUGAUCUCCUCAUACAACUCACCGAAAACCUAACCGUUGAAUCGUACAGUUUCGGUGACGUCAUCGAUCGAGCCGAAAACGCGCUUCAGUUAGCUAUGUCGAAGCUUGAGGAUGAUUUCCGUCAUGCCUUGAUUCACAACACAGUUCCGUUAGACGCCGAUCGGUUGUACGGAUCGGUUCGUUCGGUUUCGCGCCCUAAUUUGUCAAACAACAGUGAAAUUGAAGAUGAAAUUGAAGGUGAAUUAGAUCGAUUUGUUGAGGAUGAACAAGAAGGAAGUACGCUGCAUCAUGAGAGAGGAGCGAGUUUAGGUGGCGAUUUAUGCGUCGAUUUGAUCCGUGUUGAGGCGAUUGAUGAACUUAAGGAGAUUGCUGAUAGGAUGAUUAGGUCUGGAUAUGAAAAGGAAUGUUGUCAGGUUUACACCUCGGUUCGUCGAGAUGUGUUGGAUGAGUGUUUGAUGAUACUCGGUGUCGAAAGGCUGAGUAUAGAGGAAGUGCAGAGGAUUGAGUGGAAGAUUAUGGAUGAAAAGCUGAAGAAAUGGAUUCUAGCUUUGAAAGUGGUGGUUAGGGUUUUGUUGUUUGGGGAGAAACGGUUAUGUGAAACGAUUUUUAACGAGUCGGAACUGGUUCAGGAGAUUUGUUUCGUUGAGACUACAAAAAGCUGUGUGAUGCAGCUGUUGAAUUUUGGGGAGGCGGUUGCGAUUAGUCCAAGAUCGUCGGAGAAGCUGUUUCGGAUUCUUGAUAUGUAUGAAGUUGUUGGGGAUGUUUUGCAUGAUUUAGAAGCGUUGUUUGUUUCGGAAUCUGGCGAACUGGUUUGUAGCGAGGCGAAGGGGGUUUUGAAUGGGUUGGGGAUGACGGCUGUGGGGACUUUUAUCGAGUUUGAGAAUGCUGUGAAGGGUGAGAAUUCGAAAGCCAUGCAGAACGGUGAUAUUCACCCGCUAACGCGAUAUGUUAUGAAUUAUUUGAAGUUGCUGGUGGAUUAUAGUGACUCGAUGAACACUCUGUUGCCGAAAAACGACUAUGAUCCGAGUUCUUCACCGCCAGAGAACAGUGAUGGUGUUGCUGCAAUAUCCCCUAUAGCGACGCGUGUGCAAGAACUAAUCGCGUCUUUGCAAUCAAAUGUUGAUGAGAAAUCAAGGUUGUAUGAAGAUAGUGCCUUGCGGUAUGUUUUCUUGAUGAAUAACGUUCUGUACAUCGUUCAAAAAGUGAAAGAAUCAGAGCUUAGAAAUCUGUUGGGUGAUCAGUGGAUUCGGAAACAUCGUGGGAAGAUCCGACAAUGGCACACAAGCUAUCUUCGAGCAGCGUGGGGAAAAGCGUUGCUGUGUUUGAAAGAUGAAGGGAUUGGUGGGAGCUCAAGUGGUGCCUCGAAGAUGAUUCUUAAAGAAAGGUUUAAGAACUUUAAUGCUUGUUUUGAAGAUAUUUACAGGAUACAAACACUUUGGAAGGUUUCGGAUGCACAACUUAAGGAAGAACUUAGAAUAUCUAUAUCUGAAAAAGUUCUUCCAGCAUACCGUGCUUUUUUGGGGCGGUUUGGAAGUCGGUUAGAGAGCGCGAGGCAUGGAGGAAGGUACAUAAAGUAUUAUCCUGAUGAUUUGGAGAAUUAUCUAUUGGAUUUAUUCGAAGGGAAACCUGUUGUUAUGAACCUCACAAAAAGAAAAAGUACAUAGGAUGCAAUACAUGAUGUUUGGCAGGUUUGAGACUUGUCAACCUUUCUGCUGAUCAAGAAAAGACUAAGAUUAAGGUUAUUAUAAUGUUAUCUAUGAUACUGAAGGUAAUACUGUAAAAGUAAAGUGACAUGAUCUGUUUAAACUUCUGUCAUUUUCUUCAAAAAGUACUAAGUUGACAUUAGAGGGCCAGUUUUUUUUGCUGCCUGUUAUCUUUCCUUGUGGUUGUUGGACCCAACUUAAGUGAAAA